AUGAAGCUGCGAGAAGGAGAGAUGUGCAUGGCUGUGGGUGGCUCUUGCGGCAAGACGGAGAUCGUGGGCGUGCGGGAAUGGAGGUUGUCUGGAGCAAGCAAGACGGGUCUCGUCAAGUGUGCCUCGGCCGAUUGGGAUAUGUACAUAAACAGUGACGAAGCCGGAAGAAAGUUAUCCGCCUCUGUGUAUAUCUUCCUGGGCCGCGAGGUCUAA